CGGCGCCGGCUGCAUCCCAGCCUCCGCGCUUCCGGGAGGGAAGCUGGUGGUUGAGCAUCGUGAAAUCGGCCCGAAUAGACUCCGGUGCUGACUGGCGGCUACCCACUCUGCGGUUUCGGGUGGUGCCCGCCAGAAUGUCCCACUUGGAGAGCCUGGUGCUCUGUCGAGAGGCUCAGGUGUCCACCCUGCAGUCCCUGUUUGGAGAGAGACAUCAUUUCAGCUUUCCAUCCAUCUUUAUUUACGGACAUACUGCCAGCGGGAAGACCUAUGUGACACAAACUUUGUUGAAGGCCUUAGAGCUCCCGCAUGCCUUUGUGAAUUGUGUUGAGUGCUUUACUUUGAAGCUACUUUUGGAACAAAUUCUAAACAAGUUGAGUCAUCUCAGUUCUUCAGAGGCAGACUGCCCUACAGAAAUCACCUGUGAAACAUUUAAUGACUUUGUUCGAUUGUUUAAGCAAGUGACCAGUACUGAAAAUCUCAAGGAUCAGACUGUAUAUAUUGUUCUGGAUAAAGCUGAAUAUCUAAGAGACAUGGAAGCAAAUCUUUUGCCUGGCUUUCUUAGGUUGCAAGAAUUGACUGACAGAAAUGUGACUGUUAUCUUUCUCAGUGAGAUCAUUUGGGAAAAGUUUCGUCCAAACACCGGAUGCUUUGAACCAUUUGUCUUGUAUUUCCCUGAUUAUAGCAUAGGGAACCUCCAAAAGAUCCUGUCCCACGACCACCCUCCAGAGUACUCAGCUGAUUUUUAUGCUGCCUAUAUUAAUAUUCUUCUUGGAGUUUUCUACACUGUGUGCCGAGAUCUGAAGGAGCUCAGACAUCUGGCAGUGCUUAAUUUUCCCAAAUACUGUGAACCUGUAGUUAAAGGAGAAGCAGGUGAACGUGAUACUCGCAAACUGUGGAGAAAUAUUGAGCCUCACCUGAAGAAAGCAAUGCAGACUGUUUAUCUCAGGGAGAUAUCAAGUUCUCAGUGGGAAAAGUUACAGGAAGAGGACACAGACCCAGGACAGCUAAAAGGUCUCUCGGCGUACACCCACAUGGAGCUUCCGUAUUACUCUAAGUUUAUUCUGAUUGCUGCGUACCUUGCCUCCUAUAACCCGGCCAGAACUGACAGGAGGUUCUUCCUUAAGCAUCAUGGGAAAAUCAAGAAAACCAACUUUCUAAAGAAACAUGAGAAGACAAGCAAUCACCUCCUUGGGCCCAAGCCAUUCCCACUGGACAGGCUGUUAGCAAUACUGUAUAGCAUCGUGGACAGCAGAGUGCCUCCAACCGCACACGUCUUCUCCCAGGAAUAGAGAAGAGAUUUAAAGUAUCCUGAAGAUGGGUUCACUCUAUGUACGUACAUACUAUUUCAUACAUGGGACUUGCGUGUCCUCAGCUUCGACAACUAUGGGGUCCUUCAGCCAAGCCUCCUGAGGAUGCCGAGGGGCAGCUGUAUUGAGAAUUCCAAACCCAGACCCCUUGGGGGUAACACAGAAUGUACAAGUAUAACUAAUGUUAAAAGCAAUUUAAUGUUUCUCGUUCUUUUUCUGUUUUUAGUAAAGUAAUUUUAAAAAAAAUCACUGCUGAUUAAACAAGCAUCUGAUUAAAUUCAUGAGUUAUAAUAUGUAAGCAUUGGUUUAAUGAAAACAUUAUAAGUGUGUAUGAAAGUGUUCUAUAAUAUCUUUAUUUCUCAUAAGUAUACUUUUCAGGCUGAUAUACCCUUUUUGUUAUUUGGUCUGUUCUCCAGAAUUAACUCAACUUUUAGUAUUUCACCAGGUGGCAGAAUAAACCCAGAAGUAGAAGUUGAAGAUUUGGUUUUGGGAAGUAGUUAUAGUGUCUUUUUUUCUUUUUUCCAUUGAAGUUUAAAGAAAAUUCCAUAAGUAUAGUCAUACUAGAUGUCUUAAAUGAUUCAGAAAGACUUGGCGUGUCAAGAUGAUGUAACUAGGUCUCAGAGUAGUCAUAUCCGAGAUGCGGUGGUCAGUUUGUUUUAUGGCUGAUAAUGUGUAAAUAAUUAUUUAUAUCAAAGUUACUUCACUAUGAAUUUGAUCUCGGAAUGGAGGUCACACUUUGGAACCUGUGAUGAUGGCUUUUAAUUCAUUAAAGAAUCUUAAAGUUCCAUCGCGAUAAAGUCGGCAUUUAUAGACAGUUUGCAUGUACAGCGUGUGUGCAGUAGGACAAAGGUGUUCUAGCCAGUUAUGUGCUGUGGAUAUUGUCAGGUGCUGAUAAUUUUAAAAGGCUGGGUCAGUGCCUUCCUGCUUGAUAUUCUGUGGAGACGAGGUCUUGCUGUGCUGAGUGCACCCCAAUCCUGUUGUCUUUUCCUGAGUGCCACACAUGUCCUGGUGCCACACAUGUCCUGGCGCCACACACGUCCUGGUGCCUGCCACAUAUGUCCUAGUGCCGCACAUGUCCUAGUGCCACACACGUCCUGGUGCCACACAUGUCCUGGUGUCACACAUGCUCAGUUUUUCUUACUGCUAGUGACUGUCUGCACACAACACACACAGGAGCUACAGUGACUGAAAUAAACACUGGGAGCUGUUACAUUUAAACAAAUUCACCUUAGAUUGAAGAGAGGUUGGAGAAAGAUGACUCCAAACAGAAAAGAAUCACGAUGGUGUGUGUGUGUGUGUGAGAGAUUAUCAUUCUUAGAUGUCCCCAAAUUACCUUUUGAAAAGUGAACAAGGAUAAUUAGGGCUGAAUUUUUAAAAAUUUUGGGGGAGUUUGCAACUUUUUUCUUGGGGGUGCAUAAAAUAAAAUUAAAAGGCUGUGAGUACUUGGCACUGCUUUUGAGAGGCUUAAAGCAGCAAACAAUUCCUUCUGCACAUCACUGUAACCGUGGUGUGUGCUGCUGUUCACAGUGCUACCCCACCCACCUCCCGCACGGCACACACCUCAGACUGUGCCUCAAGAAGCUAGUUUAGAAAUAGACUUGUUUAGAAAUAGACUUCUCAAGAUUUUUACUAUCUAAGGAAAAAUCAAACAGUUACAGUUAGAGGUCUCUGAUACAAGAUUUAUCAACUUUUCUGGGUUUUGGCAGCGCUAACCAGUGCACACCAGUCUUUGUGUGUGCGUUACUGGGACUGAUACACUUAGAACAGCUUGGCCCGAGGUCUGUCUUUAUUUGGCAAGUAAAAUCCUUUUAUUCUUAGGACCGCUGUGAACACUAGAGGGCAGUGUUGCCGCAUUGCAGCUUCACGUUGCAGUAGGAAACCGGCUUUAACUUAGCAUUGCUGCUGAUACUUAAAAAAAAAAAGAUUUAAAUUUUUUCCACAUUUGGUUUGUUUGAGUGAAGGCAGAAUGACUUGAAGAAAUUUAGUAUGUGCUGUGUGUGCUCAUGCAUGAAUACCUUUCAUGUAAAGUAUGAUUGGUAAGGAAUGAGGUUGCUUGUCCAUAUGAAACAAUACUACUUUUCGGUUUAUUAUCUUAAAGAUUUGUCUUAUAGUAAGAUGCUAUCUUGUAGCUUGGUUUAACACUUUAUAUAUAAAAGUGUUCAUAUAACAAUUGAUCAUUUAUGGUAUAUACAUUUAAAGUUAUCACAAAAAUUAUUUUUAUUUCAUUUAAAUUAUUUCUAUAUUGAAACUAUAAAUAUAAUGUCUUAAGGGAGAUUUUUUGAGAUCUGAGGAAAAUUCAUAAUUGAUGAUCUGAGAAUAAGUUAUUGUCUUGGGUAUUCUGGGUCCACUCCCUGAUGCUUUCGUGUCUAGAUGAGCAGACAGUAGUAGCAGCCCCUGAACGUCUUAGAAUAGUUUAGCUAGACUGAACUUUAAGAACAUUUUAGAUAUUAGUCACACCUAAUUUUUAUCCUUAUAUACCUUUAAUCCUUGUCAGGAGUCUGUUUUAAAGUUUUCUCUAAGGUCUGUGGGCUUUCCCUGGGUGAAUGCUGUGGCCGACACACUUGCCCUGGGAUAUUUCUUAUAUUCUCCUUCUCUCUGCUACACGAGUGUGUGUGUGUGUGUGUGUGUGUGUGUGUGUGUGUGUGCAAACACAGCAAACACGUAAAGGCUACAGGUAUCACCUUCACAUUGUGAAUUGAUGAGAUGGGACCUUUGGAAACCACCUUCAAACAUAAAAUAUGCUUAUCAUUUUCCAGAAGCAUAUUAAGUCCACAUUAUGAUUCUUUAAUGUGUUUAUUUUCUGCCCCUUGUUUGAGGAAAAAUGAUGAACUUGUUUGAAAAAUUUCAAAUACUUUGUUUUUUAAAGCAGGAUUCAAGUACAGUUCUUUGCGUUUCUCACGUGUCCCAGUUACUUUAAAAUAUUAAGCCAUGUUGCUUUGUUUUUUCCACAAAGGACGGCAUUGCUAGUUUAUUUCUGAAAUCAUUGGUACCAAGCUGUAAGGUGAUUUUGAAGAGGAAAUUUUUUAAGAAGUAGAGACAUUGAAUUGUACAUGCUUACAUAAUUUUAGAAAAAAAUUAAAGGAACUUAUUAUGAUGCUUUCAUGUAAUUGUUUAACAUGACAAUUAUUUCAUCAUUGUAAAGAUUUGCUAGGAAUAAAUAGCGAGAAACUGUUGAAAGGUGAGGAAGCAAACAUAAUCGUUAUGAAACGGUUGUAUUUUCAGUC